UCUGAUGCUGGUCCAGUGGCUGUUUACACGGUAGUCAGCCCGUGACAUCAGAGUCCAGACUUUAUAAAUGUCAGCAGGCGCAAGAAUGAACAGUUAGCACAAAGCUUCACUGGUACAGCUUAUUGAGACAGACUGAGCUCCAUCACCAACACGAGCCCUCAUGGACCGACUGCUGUGUGACUGUGUGGUGGCUGUGACUGUACUGCUGUGUGUGGCUACACAGGUGUUGUGUCAGCUGUGUGACAGGCCCUGCCGCUGCCCCACUACUGUCCCACAGUGUCCCACAGGAGUCCCUCUUGUUCUGGAUGGCUGCCGCUGUUGCCAGGUGUGUGCUCGGCAGAGAGGGGAGCCCUGCACUGAAAUGUUUCCCUGUGACAGUCAGAAACAACUGCAGUGCGACUACAGCGCCAGCUUCCCCGGAGACCCAGGGGAGUGUGUCAGUCAGGAGGACCUUGGCUGUGAGAUGAACGGCAUCACUUACCAUGAGGGCCAGUCCUUUCAGCCUUCCUGUGACACCUAUUGCCGCUGCAGAGGGGGAGGGGUCACCUGUGUACCUGCUUGCCCCCUCAAUUAUCGCCUUCCCACUCCAGACUGCCCGAACCCACAGUUUGUUCGGCUACCGGGGAAAUGCUGCAAAGAGUGGGUGUGUGAAAAUCUGGAGAACACCGUCAUUCAGGAUGCAAUCACAGCCAUGAGACCAGACAGACUGUGGCCUGCUCUUCCCAGGACUCACCCUCUGAACCAACUGGUCCCACCUGUGCCCACCUGUGUCGAGCAGAGCACCCAAUGGAGCGCCUGUUCCCAGAGCUGUGGGGCUGGGGUCUCCACACGGGUCUCGAACCAGAACCCGGCAUGUAAACUGCAAAUGGAGACUCGACUUUGCAAAGUGCGGCCUUGCCGUGCAGUUCAGCCCGUGCCCAGAACACCUAUGUGGGGGCAGCAGGGCCGGUGCAAGGCCAGCUACCUGUCACCGGGGCCCAUUCGGCUCGUUCACCAGGGCUGCUACAGCACCCGUGCUUACCAGAUGCGUUACUGUGGACACUGCACUGACUCACGCUGCUGCACGCCUUAUCAAACCACCACGGCCGAGGUGACCUUCCGCUGCCCCUCCGGCCGACUGCUGCAGCGAGCGGUGAUGAUGAUCCACUCAUGUGUCUGUCACAACAACUGCCCCUACUCACCGUACAGUAACCCCGCUCUGUGGGGCUUCAGGCCCUGAAUGACACAAAGACAGAAGCACUGAAUCACUGACCUGCAGAGACACUUGACUGAUUCUUCAGCUCUGAAGGAACCUGUAUCUCCAGAAGGAUCCCUGACAGGGAAUUAAUGGACAUUUCUGGAGAAAAUAACAUUGUAGAUAAAAACUGUGAAUGAGUUGGAUGAACCUUGAUUUUCACAUAAGGAUAACGACAGUCUGCACUAUUUCACAACAGAUAAACACUUCAGCAGCUUCAUCCAAGAAUCAAAAUACAAAUACAACUAAUUCAUAAACUAUAUGUAGAGGACACUUGACCAUACAUCAGUUUGGUCAUAAAGAUAGUUUUGUUAUAAAAACAAUUACAUUACUGUUUUGUAAGUAUAUUUUAUCCCAAACUGUGUUAAGAUAUAUUCUGUUUUAGCUGUCACAAGGUUUAAAUUGUACAGUUUUUCUUUCUUGUUUUUUUUAAAAAUAUAUAUAUGUAGCCAGACGACAUUGCACUUAAUUCUCCAUGUUUAGUUGUAAAUACUUCUGGUCAGAUGCCUGAUAUAUAGUGAAAUAUGUUUCCAUGCCAAAAGUUUUAAAUGUUGUUUUUUCAAAUUACAUUAUCUGCUAUGUAUAAACUGCUUUUUUUUUCUUUCAUUUUUAUCUUAUUAAAUGUUUGUGUCGCAGCGUCA